AUGCCAAAAAAUGUCAAUAUCGAGAUCAAAUCCAAAACGUCACCUUUUACGUCAACUUCAACGUCUUUCUCCACUGAAAUCAACAAACCCAAAAGAAUCACCAGAUCAAUAUUACAAGCCAUGGGUAGCUAUUUUUUAAGAAAGGCAAAGGGGAUCGUACUGCUUUUAUUCACAUCUUUUUUGUUUUGGGCUAUUCUUACUACAUCAAUUCAAGAAUUAGAUACUUCAUUCAAAUUAAACAAAAUACCUGAAGCCCUUCAAAAUAAACAUAUACAACUAUUGAUUGCCCAUCCGGAUGAUGAAGUUAUGUUCUUUGCACCAACUUUGGUUGAGUUGAGUAAAGCUCGUCAUAAUAAUACCAUUUCAGCUACUUGUCUUUCAAUCGGUAAUGAUCAAGGUUUAGGCCCUGUAAGACAAAAAGAAUUAGAGAGAAGUUUUCAGAUCUUAGGGAUUCAUGAUUAUGAAAUUGUUAAUGAUGAAAAUAGUUUUAAAGAUUCAAUGAAUAUAACUUGGGAUUCUGAUAAAGUUGCUGAAUAUAUUUUGGAGAAAACAGAUGUUGUAUUAACAUUUGAUGAAUUUGGUAUAUCAAAUCAUCCAAAUCAUAAAUCAUUAUAUUAUGGUUCUUUGAAAACCAAUAAAUCAGUCUUUUCCUUAAAGACCUGGAACUUUUUGGAAAAAUAUUCAGCAACUAUUUAUACAAAUAUUGAAUUACUAUUAAGAAUAAUAAGUCUUAUUGCACAUAUUGUGGAAGAUCAAUUAAAACCUCAUGGAUUAGAUAUUUAUUUACCAAUUGAAUACUUGAGGAAACUACAUCAUGAACAAUACCAAAAUGUUCACAUAUUUGCUGAUUUACCUUCUUCUAUAUUAGGUAUUGCAGCAAUGACAAAUGCUCAUCAUUCUCAAAUGGUUUGGUUUAGAUGGGGUUGGUUAAUAGUUAGUAAAUAUAGUAAUUCAAAUGAAUUGAUACAAAUUCAAUAG